UCUUUGGGAGGGGGGAAAUAUGGCAGUAAGGGAACGUAAUUUAACUAUCAAACAAAUCUACAUGUCUAAUAAAAGCAAAUCUGCUAAAGAGAAUUAGAAAGAAGAACAGCGCCGCUGACUCUCUGCAGGAAGUGUUCUUUAUAUUAGACAUAUACCAGUAGGUCCUGUCAGCUGAGCAGCUCAACAAGAGCGCCUUGCCGCACGGCAAAAAUGGAACGACCCUUUUGUUUGGCACUUCGGGGGCUUCGAGGGAGUGCCACCAGGUCAAUGCAGAGAUCCGGGCGCUGGGAGAUUUUUAAAAACCCCAUGGAGCCCGAUUUUGCCUCAAUCCCUUACCCUCCCUUCUGUGCCUCCGUUUGGCAUUGACCUGUAUCGCCUGUGCAGACCGGCAGCAAUCGGCAGAAAAGCCCCGUGUUUUCUACAUGGUUGGGAAGUUGGGGGCCGUGAGAACCGCUGAGCGGAUUUUUUUGAUAUUUUGGGUGAGCCUGGGAUGUAAGAUGUGGCUUUUAUAUUGAGGCUCGGAGCUGACUGUUGGGAGACAUCGCUUUUCCCUGCCAGGACCUGAUGCAAUCCAUUCAAGCCAACAAGUUUGGAGAGAAUGUUGAGUUCAAUCAAUUCAGAACGUCGAGAUGGAGCCCAAUUCAGUCCAGUGGGUCGGCUCUCCGUGUGGUUUACACGGACCUUACAUUUUCUACAAGGCUUUUCAAUUCCACCUUGAAGGCAGACCAAGAAUUUUGUCCCUUGGCGAUUUUUUCUUUGUAAGAUGUAAGCCAGAGGAUCCGAUUUGCAUAGCGGAGCUACAGCUGCUGUGGGAAGAAAGGACUAGCAGGCAACUUUUAUCCAGCUCCAAACUUUAUUUUCUACCAGAAGAUACUCCUCAAGGCAGAAACAGUGACCAUGGCGAGGAUGAAGUUAUUGCUGCUUCAGAGAAAGUAACAGUGAAACUUGAAGACUUAGCAAAAUGGGCCCAGGCAGAUUUCUCCAAAUGGAAAUGUGGCCUCCGGGGUGAAGCUAUCAGACCCACAGAACUGGGAAAGAAUGGGCAGAAAGAAGCACUGACACGGUUCAGGCAAUCCACACACAACAGUGGCCUCAACUUCAAGGACGUUUUGAAGGAAAAGGCUGACCUUGGUGAGGAUGACGAAGAUUCAAAUGUGCUAAUCCUCAGCUACCCACAGUACUGUCGUUAUCGUUCCAUGCUGAAACGCAUUCAAGACAAGCCGUCCUCCAUUCUAACAGACCAGUUUAUAUUAGCCCUCGGAGGCAUUGCUGUAAUCAGCAAAAAUCCACAAAUUCUUUACUGUCGAGAUACGUUUGAUCAUCCAACUCUUAUUGAAAAUGAGAGCAUAUGUGAUGAGUUUGCGCCAAAUCUUAAAGGCAGACCACGCAAAAAGAAGCCUUGCCAACAAAGAAGAGAUUCACUCAAUGGCAUUAAAGAUUCCAAUAAUAAUUGUGAAAACAGAGCUGUUGCCAAGGUAAAAUGUGAGGCUAAGUCACCUUUGUCCAAAACCAAAAAUAACAGCAACUGCAAAAAGGGCUCAAAUGAGAAUAAAUCAAAGACUUCUGUAGGCGAAGAAUGCCGAGCAGAUGAACAGGCGUUCCUUGUAGCACUUUAUAAAUAUAUGAAAGAAAGAAAAACACCAAUUGAACGAAUACCCUACCUAGGUUUUAAGCAGAUUAACCUUUGGACUAUGUUUCAAGCUGCUCAAAAACUGGGAGGAUAUGAAACAAUAACAGCCCGUCGACAAUGGAAACAUAUUUAUGAUGAAUUAGGUGGCAACCCUGGAAGCACAAGUGCAGCUACAUGUACUCGAAGACAUUAUGAAAGAUUAAUCCUGCCAUAUGAAAGAUUUAUUAAAGGAGAGGAAGAUAAGCCACUGCCUCCUGUGAAACCACGAAAACAAGAUAACAUCACCCAGGAGGGAGAAAGUAAGACAAAAUUGUCUGGAACAAAACGGAUCAAAAAUGAAAACCAAAGGAGCAAGAAGGAAAAAGAUAGUGCACCGAAACUCCAGGAUGUGUCUGAGGUUUCAUCAGAACAAGAAAAGGAUCAAGAAUAUCCAGACAAGAAAAACUUACCUGAACUAACUGCGGUAGAUGAGUCAAAGCUGUCUGUAGAAGGGCCACAGGUUUCCCUACCAGAUACAACUGGGGUAAUGUCUUCAGAAAAGAUUGACAUGAAGGAAACUAGCUCAAACAGUGAGGAAGUCAAGGAGGAGAUUACACCUGAUGGCUCUUUUUCAAGUGCUUUGCUGGCCCCAGAAGAGGAUGCUGUCCUAGAUCCCACAGCCAGAAAACUACUUAGUCCAUUAGAAGACCCAGAUGAACCAAAGCAAGAACUAAGAACACACUCUUUUGCAGACAAUCUGGAAAGUGAUACCCAAGAAAUUCCACUUAAUAACUUCCCAACCAUUCAAAUACAGCUGCCAAGUCAAAAUGAAAUGGAAGAUGAUAAGCUCCCAGAGAUGGCAGACUACAUUGCCAACUGCACGGUCAAAGUGGAUCAGUUAGGAAAUGAGGACAUACACAAUGCACUGAAACAAAGUCCCAAAGUCCUUGUUGUACAGAAUUUUGACAUGUUCAAAGAAAAGGAACCACCAGGUUCUGUUAAUGGGGAUCCUGGUUUCAGUUACACACCACUGCUGUACUCCAAAGGAAAUCCGGGCAUCAUGUCACCUCUGGCAAAGAAGAAGCUCCUGUCACAGGUCAGUGGGACAACCCUUUCAUGUAACUAUCCUUAUGGCUCACCCCCACCUUUGAUCAGCAAGAAGAAAUUAAACAGCAGAGAAGAGCUAUCAUCAGGCAUGCCACAGGCUUCUCAUGCCCCUAUGCUGGAGCCUGCAGCCAUCAACAGGCCAUCUGUGAUCCAACAUGUACAGAGUUUUAAACCCAAGAAUUCAGAGGAAAGGAAAUCCACUAAUGAAACAUAUAGGCAUGAAUCACUGUUAAAGAAACCAGAUUCGGAGUGUUGUGAUUUUACCAAGCAACACCUGAGUGCUCUGGCUGAAUCCUAUGCGCUGAAGUCAGAAAUCCAGGACAUGAAAGACAGAAUGAACGAAAAAAGGGCCUUGCACCACUCCCACAUGCCCAGCUUCUUGGCAGACUUUUACUCAUCUCCUCACCUGCACAGCCUUUAUAGGCACACAGAACACCACCUUAAUAAUGAACAGACAUCAAAGUACCUCCCUCGGGACAUGUACAAAGAUUCAGAAAACCUCUCAAUGUUCUCUCAGCACAAGCACCAAGACAAACGAAACUUAAACUAUCACCCCCCUUUGCACCAGCAGGAUAAAAAGACCCCUAUGGAAGCCUUGUCAGAUGAUCAGCCAACAGAUCUGAGUCUUCCAAAAGGUACUCACAAACAGACUACAAAACCUCUAGGGUCUGGCCUCUUGCAUCCUUCAGUGGGACAGCAGGAGAGCAAAAGCAUUUCUCAGUUCCAAGCCUUGAGUGGUCAGCCUCUGAGUUUAGACUGUAAUCCCAAAGCGUGCCGUGUUUCUCCAAUGACUGUGUCAGCCCCCAAAAAGCAUAGUGAGCCCCUCUUCAGGUCCAGCAAACAGCAGAACUCUAGGAAGAUGGAAGGCGGCAUGUCCCACACCAUCCUAAGCCACAAAACAAAUGCCCCAACCAUCGGGGCAGCUCGGCCUUUGAAGCGGAGCCUGGAGGAUUUGGACAAAGCCAUUUCAGAAAAAAAGAUCCGAGCCGUCUCCCCCCUGCGCUUACCAAAGGAAGCUCCUGUGAAAGACAAGGGUCUCGAGCAAGAGGCUGAGGGCAGCAAAUCAGUGCAUGGCCUCUCUUCUGGUGGCAUGCUGGAGGGCCAUAAAUUUCCCCUCUCGAACCCCAUCUUCACAGGCUUGUACCCAGGGACUCUGUGCAGCGGCUUGAGCAACCGCAUACCAACUGGGUACUCUCAUCCUCUGCAGUACUUGAAAAAUCAGACAGUGCUUUCUCCAUUAAUGCAGCCUUUGGCUCUCCAUUCAUUCAUGGUGCAAAGACAAUUCCUUACAUCCCCUGGAAAUUCACAGCAGCUUUACAGGCACUUAGCUGCUGCAACACCUGUAGGAAGUUCGUAUGGUGACCUUUUGCACAACAACAUUUAUCCUUUGGCUGCUAUCAAUCCUCAGGCUGCUUUCCCGCCUUCUCAGCUGUCUUCUGUACAUCCGAGCACAAAACUGUAAAUCCUCCCUUUAAAAAAACAAAAACAAAACAAAGCUACAUUCCUUUAGCCUGUGAUGUCUUGCAAAAUUCUAAAAAGAAAAAAAAUCAACAUUUGUGUUAACCAAUAAGCAGUUUCGUCCCUCAUUGCUGAAUGCUUCAGAUUUCAUGGAGACAAGACUGUGGUUCAGUUUGGGCUUCUUUUUUCACUUCUGGCUCCCACCUCUGCUCCCUUCCAUAGUCAUUUAUUUUCAUGAGAGGGUUCCACGUGGAUUUGUAUCUUGCUGAAAACUAUCAAGGCAAGUUAGGCUGUGUGCCUAAUCUCAGAGGAAAAGGUCUCAGUUUGUGUGUUUGUUUCGGCUCAAAGGGAGUGGGGAAUUUUGGAGCUUUUCAAAUAGCAAAAGAAGCAGGUUUGAUUAAAGAGAAGGUAGAGAAUGCAGAUGAUCUAUGGAUGUUGCUUCUUCGGGUACCAUUUUGUUUCCUGACUUAUCAGAGUUCCAAUCAAUGCAAUGUACAGUAAACCUGCAUAUAGUUUCAUCUUAACACUAUUAAACUAGAAAACGUGAUUGGACUGUACAUAACCUGCUUCAAAAACAAAAAUUACCAGUGUCAAAUUCACUAGUAUAAUUUAUAUAAGUUCUUAUUGUCAACUUAACCUGUGCUCUGUUUGGUUUUUUGUUUUGUUUUUUUAAAUUAAAUGGUCUCUUUUUAUCUGCGGCUGUUUUUGUAAAAGAAAAAAAGUCUGUGGCUAUUGAGAGUUGCUUUUUUCUUUUUCUUUUUCUAAUGCAUCUGAAUUUGCUUAUAUUUUCUUAGAGCAGCUUUUUGGGAUGGUAGUGUCAUUGUUUACAAAACAAAAGCAUCCAUAUUCAAUGAACUUUUCAAAUGGGUAGAACCAUACUGUAGAUCACACAACGGUGCAAUGAGUCCAAACGUCAGUUCCUUUUCCAGCUGCCUGAACCUGAAAGAUGCUGAGCCCUUGCCUCACGCAUUGGAAUGAUACUGAUUGUUCACAUAUAGCUCUUUUUGUAGCCACUGAGAUUUGGCUUUCCUGUAUCAUGGUCUGUGAAUUUGUUGAUUGUACUGAACCUUAUCUAGGCUGUGAAACUGUCCUGCAUACCAGAGAGGGAAUAUACUCAGGACUGUGCUGGCAACAAGUUACUCAGUAACAUUGGAGUCUAGAGGACCUUUCUUGUGGGAUGUGAAACUAUUUCAAGCAUUUCAGCCAUUAGAAAAGAGAGAGAGAAAACUAUAUUUUAAUUCAAGAUGGUGUGGGUUUUGUGAUGCUGAAGGAAGAUUGGUGAGAUUAAUAUUCUUUGAGAGAAAGAGAUCAUUACUAGGAGCAGUCCAGAAUUUAUUUAUUUUUUUGGUGGGGGGAGGAGAUUUGGCUAUUAUCUGUGCUUGGUGGCUCUCCCGAAUCCACCCCGCAGUCAGUCCUAUAAAACACUGAACAUUCCAUCUUCUCCCAGCAACAUACUUUAGAUAUUGGUUUAGCAUUAAACAUAAUGGCAGCUUAAUCUGUAAGCCACUUAAGCCAGAGUACUUGACUUUAAGACUCUUUAGUCCCAUGAAUACGAAGUUCAAAGUCAGUGGAACUUUAAGCCUGAUCCUGACCAUCCUGUUUUUGACUCUGACGAGAGAGUCUUCCUACUGAAAGCAAAAAUUGCCUUGAGAUAGUUUGCUGGAAUCGGCUAGAGUGCUCUGAUCAUUGCAGAAUCAGGACCAUGGCACAAGGGGUCAGCCGUUUUUAAAAGGGGCCAUAUUCGGAACUGAGAGAGGGCUUAAAGGGCCAGCAAUACCUCCACCCACUCCUGCAGAGUGAGGUUUUGGUCAGCCACUUCACUUUACUAUCUGCUCACGAUCAGACAUGGGCAAAAGAUUUUAGACACAUGUCCACACACCUCCUUUCUGUAGUGUGAAUAGCAGAAGCCGUAGUCCUCCCCUUGUAGACCUUAACUUGUGAUUCAGGGCCAAAUUACCCUAUCAUUAGGGUUGAUGGGCUUAACCUUUUUUUAAAAAGCAGCCACAGGCAAUGUUGCAGAUCAGGACUGUGGCAGGAUUUUCAUGCUUCCUUUUCCCUUGUCAAAUAGCAGCAGGGAAGUCUGAGGCAGGAGCAUGGCAGGAUGAAAGGGUUAAAGCUUUGGCUGCUUUUUUUUUCCUCCAGGCCAUCAGUCCUAAUGACAGGCUUUGUAUAACAUGUAGUUUGGCAGUUAUUUGGUUUUGCUUUGGCUUAUACAUGAGGAAUUAGUAUGUGAAGUGCAAAAGGGCGAUCUCUGCUGUCCUAUGUUGCUGUUCACACUGGGAGAAAAGGGUUCAGUAGCACUUUGUCUGUGCCUUUAAGUGAAUGGCUGAAGUUAUACUAAUGGAGGGGGGGGGCUCUGCUGAAGCUGCUUUUGCUGUACACGUGGGGGGAAGGGUAUCAAAGGACCCCUUUUUUUGUACUUAAAAUUUUGUGCGGAGAGAGUGUCUUCAGAGUGUACAUAAUGGGGAGAAGGCCUUUGGAACCAGGUAAUGUGCCGAGGGCCAAAUAGGAAGCCCCCGGGGCCAACUUCAGCCCCCAUGCUGCCAGUUCCCUGUCCCUAUCUUACACCAUGUGCCAGCACCAUGACCAUUGCCCAUGUAGAAAGGUGGACUUGCAAGUGCUGUAACAUAGCUGGGUUUGUUCAAGUCAAAGAAACCAGGCCCAUUCACCCUGGCUGGAAUCUGCUGCCCAGCUUUAAGAACAUAGCUGUGUCUUUGGAGGUUCUAGAUUCAGAUCUCUGUGUCUGCUUUGCUGAGCUUCCAGCUCCAAUUCAGGAAGCAUUGCGGGCAGCCAGACUUAGAGAGGCCACCUCAGUCCUUUGCACUCCACUGGCUAUUGCCAAUGUUAGCAUAACUGGGGGAGCCCAAUGAGCAGUUGGUUCAAGGUGAUUAUUGACCAGCUGGAAGGUGUGAGUCUGUAGGAGGCAGAAAUGCAGCCAUAUUUCCUAGGGAAUAGUUCAGAUGAUUUUAAUAGCCCAUAAGUAGAAGUGGUGGAUUUUUCCACAGAAAAACAGCCCUCCUGCAAUGGUGUGGAUUCCUUUUGAGGGACUUCUUCACUCUGGGUCUUGAAGUGUGGACAGCUACACAGAGACUGAACUCUGAAGCAUUUUUACAAUGUGAAAACUUCUUAUGGUCGGAACCCAUCCCAGAUAGCAAUUCAAAAUGCAGAAAUCAUCAGAACUACUGGAAACUAGUGGAAACUACUUAAGCAACACCAUGCAUGCAUGCCAGACAUAUAUUAAAAUCUCCUGUGAUAUGAAGCCAAUUGCAAUAUAUUAUGUAACCUAUUUAAUAUACAAUGGUGGAAAAACCAGAAUAAUAGACAUCUACUGUUAAAGAUCAAUGUUAUCUUCAAUUAAAUGCUUUUAUGUUCUUGUGAUAAAACUAUAUUUAACUGAUGAUGCAUAAGCAGGCUAUUAGAAUUUAGAACAUAAAUGUGCCAAUGCAGGGGUUUGUUUUUUGUUUUUUUGUUUUCCUUUCUGCUGUGCUCCAAACCUUAAAGAGAAGAACAAUCACACUCAGUUGAUCAGAUGCCAUAGAGGGCAUUGUUAGUAAAAUUGCACUAAACCUGACUAAUAUAAUAAUUGAGGUGCGGGAGGGAGGAGAAGCUGGCAGGAUUGUAUAAGCCUGCAGUGAACAUUGUCAGAAUCAUGUGCCCAGUAUUGUAAUCCAGAAAAUCUGCAUGUCAGAUUGCCUGAUAUCUCUUAUGUUAAGGGUUAUUCCUUUGUGUUUGAAGGAUUGUCCCUUGUUUUGAAACAGCACAGCUUCCAUAAAACCUAAUCAUCCUUAUGUGAUUGACCACAGGUGAAGGCAACUCCAGUUUGCUCAUAGUGAAUGCUGUCCAUAGUGGCUUUCCCUUUGACAUCACUGGAGAGGGUACUAUCCCCACACACAUCUUUAUGCACAUGCGGUGCGGUCACCCUCCACUGAAAUGAAGGGAGAGCCCCUGUGCACAGCACUUCAGUGUGCAUAUCAGGGCACUUGACUGCCCCCUUAUUCCAAGUUCCACAGCCCUAUAAUGCCUCUUAUUUCUAAAAUUUUGUCUGCUAAUCCUAUCAGUUAUGUCUUAACUUCAUGUAUUUAUUUUGCAAGUCUCCAAUUUCAGUUUUAUCGCAUCAUUUUGGAAUGUGCUCAGACCAUUCUGAAACAUCACGGUGCGGGGUUAAUUGAUUUUUUCCUCCCCUUGUUUCAUAGGAUGUCUGACUUAUUUUAAGAAAGUUCAUGAAAUACAGGCCAAAAUGAGGGAGAAAGAAGAGUAAUGGGAGCAUAAUUCCCACUAAGGGGCAAGCCUUGUUUUAAAAAGCUUUUUUUAAAAAAAAAUCUAAUAAGUAUUAAAUUUUCCACUGGCAGAGAAUAACUUUCUGUAUCUUUAAAUAAGGCUUUGUUUGCUUUGUUUGAGUUCAGGGGGCCUUCUUACUGAAUGAAAUUGCACAAGUUUUUCUUUGUGCAAUCAAGCCAUUGUUACUGGUAAGUUGGUAAAGGAAACAGCGAAAUCUAAUUGGCAAGAGAGUAAUAAAUCUAUUUACCAAGAACUGGUUCCAAGAAAUGUUGCAAUUCCAAUGCACUCUGUUCAGGAUUUAUUAAACAUUCUGAAGGCUGGUAAGAUUAAAGACAAAGAAAAACUUGCUUCAUAUAAUGUCCAAAGCAGUUGACUUGGGUGGGGGGGAAUCCCACAUUGCCAUUAGGUGAGGCCUUUUGCAACUGGAUUAUUCUGGCUUCAAUAAUCACAACAGCUAGAUGAAUUUCCCAUUUAACCAGAACCCAAAAUAAAGCUAAGAAACUUUGCUUUUCAGCUUCUAUAACUGCUGCACAAAUUUGUAAACAAACGGGCACAUACCUACACGACUUAGCUGUGACUUGGGCCCCUUUGAUAUACUGCCUGGAGGAAUGGGAUUGCUGCCACUUCUGUUGUUGCUCCUUUGCCACGCCAGGUGGUGUCUGCAUCUUCAUGGGCAAGGAAUGUGAGUUGUGACUUCAGCCUCCUGCACACUUUACCCGGAGUGUGCAGUUGCUCCCAUGCACCUUGGGGAAGACCUCCACCCAUGUGGUGUGCAAUAAACCUCUACUGGGAUGGUGCACUGCUAGGGUAAAACAUAGUUUUGCAGUCCACAUAGGUGGAUUACUGAAGUGGCAUUAGAGAAACUGGGGAGGAGGCAGCAGCCAUGCUACUCCAGGCAGCAUGAAAAUGGGGGCCAGAAUCACUUACUGUUUUUUCUUAGUGCCCACAAGUGCAAACCUUGGCUCUGACCUCUUGUGACUAAUGGAAGCUGAUCGAUGGCUGUGGAAAUAUGUGAUGUGUGCCUUUUGAAGGGAGAGGUUGGUUUCUAUUCAUUCAUUGUUUCACCUGACCAUGCUGUGUGGCGGCGGGCAUGGUCACACCUGGUCCUCUUUCACAAUCUGUAAUGCUUAUACUGGGAAAAUAUUUCUCUGACAUGAGGUCCACAGUAUUGAAACUGUCAUCAUGAGCACUUAACCAGUGUUUGCUGUAAAUGUGUGUGAUAUUUUACAUGUACUCCCCCUCCCAUAGUUUUAAAUAUGAUCUAACAAAGGCAGCAUAAUCUACUAGCUGUUUAUACUUUGUUUUAAACUUUUUUGUUGUUGUAAAUAGUGUAUACAUUCUUGUGAUUCAAGUUAUUGUAGCUUAUAUGCUCUGUAAGGUGAUUAUUUGUAUAUAGAAAAAAUGGCCCAGUAAUAUUAUAUAGUUUCCCAUUUUUUAAAAAAAAUGAAAAUAAAAAGGUUAUUGAGUAACCUUUCACAUUAAGUUUAAACACUACCAGAAAGAAAGAGAGAAGCUGAGCCAACUAUAAACACUCAAUUUUUGUAUGUUUUCCAAAUUGUAUGUAUUACUGCUUUUGAUACUGUAUUACGUGCCAAUAGUUUCCCAAUCACAUAGCAAGCUAAAGAUAUUUUGUACUUUUUGAUCCACUGUAAUAUUUAAUAAAAAAUGUUACUAUCUGUU